AUGGCCAACGCGACGAACCCUUGUCCUGCGCCCUUUCUGAGCGAGGCGCUUUUUAACGAUGGGGGGUUUGUGGAUGGAAGGUUAUGUCAGGAGGUAGGCAAAGGGCUUAGGUGCUGCCUGCCUUGCCCCAUGACCGAUUGGGCCUAUCCCGACGAAUUCAAUACCCUGGGAGAGGUGGCACAAUGGGUCGCAGUUGCUGGCACUGCCUGUUGUGUCUUUCUUCUAUUGUCCUGGAUCAUUCUGCCCGUCGAAAAGACUCACAGACAUUACUUGAGUCUGUGCUUGACCACGGCAGUUUUGUUUAUGAAUCUCGGUUUCGUGAUACCUCUUGCCGCUCAGCCAGAUGAAUGCUACGAUGCGAUCACGCCCAAUUCGAUGCAAACCAACUCACCUUGCGCAGUAUCUGGCGCAUUCUUGAUCUUUGGAGGUUGGGGAGGAGUGAUGUGGGUGUUUUUGCGCUCCCUAUCAUUGCAUCUGCAAAUCUGUUGGCAGGUUGUUGUCGGACGUAACUUUAUGUGGUUCUCCCAAGCUACCGGCUGGGGAAUUCCCAUUAUCGGCAUCAUCAUGGCCCUUGUUUUUAGUGGCGUUUCUUUCCGCUUUGGGUCGACGUGUCAUAUCAACCACGAGAACAGCUUGGCUGACCUUUGGGUCCCUUUGCUGAUCUUUGCCGGACUCACCAUCUUCAUUCAGUUUGCGACGUUUGGUUAUUGCAUCAAGGUCUACCUUGCAUCGCUUGCCGACAACAGCGCCUCCACCGAAAACUCGAACUUGCCUUCCUACACCAACAGCAUCCGAACCAUGACGCCCAAACAGGCAUACAGACGUGUACGCCGAGUCAUCCAGCUUCAAUGGAGGGGGAUUGCGAUUGUUCUGAUUAUCGUUACCGACGUCGUCCUUUUCUCAGUCGUCUUUGUUUUCCAGGACAACACGGUGGAGGCCGUUAGGAGAGACCCGAGCACUGCCCUGGAAUGGGUUGCGUGCCUUGCGAUGAUGGCUGGUGACAAGCACAAGUGCUUGGACAAGGCCGGUCCACUGGUGGUCGACAUGCCCACUGUUGGCGCAGUUCUACUGCUUCUCUCGAUAAACGGCUUGUGGCUUUUGCUCCUCCUCGGUCGAUGGUCGAUGGUGACGGGAUGGCGCGACCUCCUAAUGACGGUUCCUCAGCGGAACAAGCGAGAAUUCGUCUCCGUCGACGCACGGAUGGACGAUCUCAAGAAAGACACACGUUCGUACGAGAUGCUGUCCCGGGAAAACUCCGGGAAAAAAAUGGACGACUCAGUAACACCCUCCGUAGUGACUCCGAUUUCGCCCACGUACAGCGCGUACAACACGUACAGCAUGAGGUCGCCCAUCAAUGGCAGCGGCGGCGACGGCGGCUACCGAAGCCCUUCGCUGUCCAGGAAUAAUGCCCCUGGUGAGGGCACAACUUCGCCGGGGCCUCGCAACUACCACGACUCCGGCAACCGCUCAGGUCGCCGAACCCCCGAUUACUUCGGCAGCACAGCACGCUACCACGUGCCAACAAGGUCUUUUUCGAGCCCUCGCCCACCACGGUCACCGCCACCAACGGUAACAUGGGACGCAAGAGAUACAUACGCUAGAGCUUCUCCGCUGCCGGAGGAAAGCCCGUAUGGGCAGGUACAAGGAGCGUAUGGUCAACAACCUAUGGGAAUGAACAGGAUAUGA